UGAUAAUGGGCAAUUCUGCAGCCCGUUCACAGAAGCGACUAAUAAUGACAUCAGUGAGUCCUGUCGUUAUAGCAGCUACGGCCAGGCACACAGCAACACUUAUAUUUUUCCAUGGAUUGGGAGAUACUGGCCAUGGUUGGGCUAGUUCAAUGGGAGCAGUAAGAUCUCCUCACAUUAAAGUAAUUUGUCCCACUGCGCCUAUUAUGCCAGUGACAUUAAAUGCAGGAUUUAGAAUGCCUUCUUGGUUUGAUUUACGAUCUUUGGAACCAAGUGGACCUGAAGAUGAAGAAGGUGGUUUUAGUCAGGGUGGUGCACUUGCUAUAUAUAGUGCUCUUACAUUUCCAGAACCUUUAGCUGGUGUUAUAGCUUUAUCAGCUUGGCUUCCUUUGCAUCAAAAAUUUCCUGCUGAGGCAAUAGGAAAUAAAAAUACUCCCCUGUUACAAGGUCAUGGUGAUUGUGAUCCAAUUGUGCCAUACAGAUGGGGUCAAUUGACUGCAUCUGUUCUCAAACAAUUUAUGACACAAACAGAAUUCAAAACGUAUGAAGGGAUGAUGCAUACAUCUUGUGCUGAGGAAAUGAGUGACAUGAAGAAGUUCAUCGACAAAGUUUUGAAGCCGUAAUAGUUUUACUAAAUAUAAUAAUGUUCUAAACAUUAACCUUAUUACUUUAUUGUUCUUCAUUAAAAAUUAAUUACUUCCAACUUCACUGCUACUUAAUUCUAGUGCUUGGUGAAGAAGUAAAGACAGCAGUAGCUGGAAAUGUUUAAACUCUUGAAAGAAAAGCAGAAUAAUAGUAAAAAUUAUUAUUUGCGAUAAAUAUGUAUCUAUUUCCGCUAUUAUUUGCGUAAAUUAUAUUUAAAUGUAUUAUUUCCAUUUUAGAAUACCAAAGUUACUAUUAUAAUAU